UCCUUAUCAAAGAAGCCCCCGAACCUCAUGUUACAGCAGGCUGGAGUGUUUUGCUGGGCGAAAACACGCUCUUGGACUCUUUCCCAUGCACUUGCUUCUGCUCACAGCGGGCUCUCUGCUCUGCCUUGGCUCAGCCUUUCUUCUGUUCCCCUCUGAUCCUAUCUGAGAAACCGUGUCAGAGUAAGGGUGAGAGGCUGCACACCUCGCCUCCUUCAUGGCUGCUGUUUCUUACCAGCACUUUGCCUGUUUUGUGGUGUUUAUUUUCUCUGUGCACGGUGUACAAAGCUGGAUGGACGCACUUUCUGACACCUGCACGGUGCCGUGGGUACGUCCUGUGUUUUACCAACCCAGCUUCUGUUUAUACUUGCAGGACAAUUGGUGCUGGCUUCCCAGCGCCAGGACAUUGCUCUACGUUCCUACCUGUGAUCCACUGCAACCUGAAAUUUUCCUGCAGGACUGCUGUGCAGCCAGAAACUCCUUGUUCUGCAUUCCCCAGCUAAUUACUCGUGUCUGUAUGCAAAGGGUAACUCUCCCUGUUACCUAAUCGUGCUUGGUUUGUUAUUUCUUUAGCAUGAAAAGAUCCACUGGAAUCCUAAUCCUGUCCUCUAAUGUGUUGCAGUCCCUCACAACUUUUUAUUUGUGAAUAUAGCAAGCACAGUCCCUAGAUGACCAGAAAAAUUAUUAGGCAGGAUAGCACUGGGCUCACAACAGAUUUCUGAUCGGAUGUGGUGUGGGAAUCAAUCGCUUUAUUUUCAUUUAGAUAUUUGCCUGUUUCCUUCAAUCAGCGUCAUGGGUCUUCUUGAGGAGAUUCUGACAAAACACCCAAAUAGCUCCCAGGCUAUUAUUGCAGAGCAUCUAUGGAAAAGACCCUUGGAGAACCUCACUGAUAAAGUGAGGAUGAAGGCACCCUGAAAACCAUUCCCAGUGAUGGAUUUGACACCCCAGUGCUGUCCGUCAAGUCUGUGCCUUGCAGAUAGUGUCCAGGGCUGGUGCCUGACCAGAAGGACACCCAGGCUGGAUUCCUGCAGCCCUGGGGUGCAGACCUGACCCAGGCAGCUCCUGCUGGCACCGGGUCGAUCAGGGCUGCACCCGGCGGUGCUGAGUAGCCGGAUCUGGAGGAGGGGGAAUUGCCCCCGCGCGUCCGGGUUGGUGCAAGCGGCCGGGAGCUGGGAGCUGAAGCCCACUGGAGCAUGGCCCCAGCCGCCAGGCACCUUUGGGAGCGGGUCCAGAAGGUCGCAGUGACAUUGCACGCGCCAGAAAGCAAACGCCGCCUCUCCGAAGAUGGCUUUGCUUGAGUUCCUCCUCCCGCCGCUCUGCUCGCAGCAGGCGCCGCUCUAUAAAACCCAGCACCUCCAGCGUUCCUCACCGUGGCCAUCUCAGACCUGCUUUGCUCCCGGCGUGCCGAGAUCUCCACCGUCCUCCAGACAUGAGGGUGCUCUGCGUGGUCUUUGCUGUGCUCCUGCUUUUCUCCAUGGCCACGCCGGGGUACGGGCAGCCGAAGGGCUUUUGCGCAGGGUACUGCUCCUACUCGUGUGCCAAAACGGACGAGUGGACGUUCCACCAGACCUGCGGGAAGAUGUACUGCUGCAUCCCCCCUCCCAAAAAGGGAAAAUGAUUGCAACGGAGACCAAGAACGGCGCUUUCAGUGGAGAUCCCAGUGCUGCGUUCAUUGCGUGCCGGAGACGGUUUCAUUGCUUUGAAGUAAAUGUGGCCAGAUGUGAUUUCUGUGUGCCGUGUGGUUCAUUCGCCUCCUGGGCAGGGAGCUCCAGGAGAGGUUCUGCAGCCUCCCUGGACCACAAACACAAUGUACCUCCGAUAACCACAGACCUGUGACUGUAAA